CCGCCCCCUCAGGCAUAGCCCAGAAAAGCUUCGGUACUCAGCUAUCGUUGAGACCGCACCGCAUCGCCUUCUCACACCUGGCCAGCACCCGGACUCUGACACAGAUAACGCCGUUUACCUGAAUCAUGGCAGCGCUCAUGAAGGGCCAAGUGUGUGUGGUCACCGGUGCCUCCAGAGGUAUCAGUCGUGGCAUCGCCUUGCAGCUCUGCCAAACAGGUGCCACAGUUUACAUAACUGGGCGCCAUGAGGACACCCUUCAGGUUGCUGCUGAGGCGGCACAAUCCCUUGGAGGCCGGUGUGUGCCUGUGGUAUGUGAUUCAAGCCAGGAGAAUGAAGUGCGAAGCCUGUUUGAGCAAGUAGCUUGAGAACAGAAUGGGCGUCUGGAUGUGCUAGUCAAUAAUGCCUUUGCUGGGGUUCACGCAAUCCUGAACGCCUUAGAUAAGGCAUUCUGGGAAUUCCCCGUCUCCACUUGGGAUGAUGUCAAUAACGUGGGACUCAGAGGCCACUACCUGUGCUCAGUGUAUGGGGCACAGCUGAUGGUACCAGCUGGUGGCCUUAUUGUGGUCAUCUCUUCCCUUGGGGGGCUGAAGUAUAUGUUCAACGUCCCCUAUGGUGUGGGCAAAGCUGCGUGCGACAAACUGGCUGCUGACUGUGCCCACGAGCUGCGGUGCCAUGGAGUCAGCUAUGUAUCUCUGUGGCCAGGGUUGGUGCAGAUAGAACUGCUGAAGGAUUUUAUGGCAAGGAAUGAGCUAUUUAAGAAUCCUUUGUUUAAUCAGUUCAGACAAGUUUUCUCAGCAGCAGAAACCCCAGAAUUGAGUGGCAAAUGUGUGGUGGUGUUGGCAACAGACCCUGAUAUCCUGAGCCUGAGUGGAAAGGUGCUGCCAUCAUGUGACCUUGCUCAUUGCUAUGGCCUUACAGAUGUGGACGGCCGCCCUGUCUACGACUACUUAUCUAUGAGGUCUACUCUCCAACCUGUCGCCUGCCUGGGCUGGUUGGCCUCCUACUUGCCUGGCUUCCUUCGAAUGCCCAAGUGGAUUAUCACCCUCUGCACCAGCAAGUUCUAACCCUCUUGGCUGACAUCAGAGCUUUGCCUCAAUUCCCACUUGGGCUCUGGUAUUUGGUCUUGUCUCUGUGGAACAAAGAGCCCUUGCUCACCAACCAAUGCCCCUGGUUUCUGCUGGGCAUCUGUGGUGAUUUCUAGGGUCCUUGAGAGAAUCCUCUAUGUGCCUGGGUUUUCCUUGUCUCUACCUUUUACUCUUUGUUUCAGUAUCAAAAUUGCUCUGGAGCCAGGAAUUUAGCUCAGUGGUACCGCGGCCUGCCUUGCAAGCAAGCUCAAGGUCCCAAGUUCAACCCCUAGUACAAAAAAAAAAAAUUGCUCUGGAGGCUAAUAAAGGUUCUUGCUACCC